AUGUCUCCACCUCAGAUAUCCGUAGACGUUGCUUUGACCUUGCUUAGGAACAGCGAUACUAAUUUUCUCAUCGGCUACGAAAAUUCGAUCCCUGAUCCGAGAUACUUGACAAUCGAGCAAAGAAGAGACCACACUGCUGCUGUCUUGGGAAAGCCCGAGCCUCAUAAGUUCAUCUACUUUCAUUUCAGGAAGGUCGACGACUGGGUAAGAUCUAAGCAAAUUAUCAUGCAUAGAUACCCCAAUGCCCGCCACCACGAUUGGGACAAUCAGGAUGAUAUCAAUAAGCUCAAUGUGUUCAGAAUUGCUGCCAUCACAUUAGGAUUGACUGGUACUGAUGUUUCAGUUGGAGAGAGAUGCUGGAGCAUUGUACCCAAGUCACUAAAGAGAAUGUGGUUCCCAAAUUUGGUACAAUUUGUUGAAGAACGCAGAGCUGAAUUUGCCAGAUAUUUAGCUCAGGCGACCAUCGAUGAAGAAGCUGAUGGAGAUGAUGAAGAUGAUGAAGACGAUGAAGACGAUGAAGACGACGGAGAUGAUGGAGACGACGCACAUAAUGGUAUUUCUUCAGGGCUUUCCGAUGAAUUUAAGAUUGUAGCUGACAUUCCUGGAGGUCAGAAUAACCCUAUUACUCUAGCUCACAGUACCACUGAAGCUGUAGCUGUAUCCUCAGAAGAACAGCAAGGAUCCGCAGAAGCAGAAAGCGGUAUGACUCUUGAGACAAUUGAUAAUCACAGUGUUGUAGUUAACAGCUCAGAUGAUGACGACUUAUCAUCCGAUGGCGAUAGAGAUCGUCAAGCGCUUCGAGCCUAUGACGCUGCUCAAACUGCGCUCGCAUCUUCCUCCAACAUCCCCGUUGGAUUAUCAAUUCUGAACCCAGAAUUAAGCUCUGCUUCUACACAUAGCUGCUCGCCAAUCUUCUACUCUCCAUUCAUUGGCUCUCCAAUCGUUGGUCCUCAACCAUUGAGUUUACCUGCAGAAAUGGGAUCGUUGAAUCUCAGUGAUGACCCUGAUGAAAUGGACUUUGAGUUGGAGAAUUCUGUCAACAAUGAGAGCUAUGAAGAAAGUUCAUUGCUAUAG